AUUUAGUAGCCUGCCACUCCCCGUCCAACCAUGACUUUCAGGAAACUCAUCUACCUCACUGUCCUCGCAGUGUCGUUCACGGCCUCAGAGGCAAUGGACAUCUGCGCCUACACCUCUCGAUUGUGCGGAGGAUCUUUUGGAUGCUGCACCGAUAUCCCGGUCAAUACCUGCUGCUGGUGGGAGCAGAAGUCCGGCUAUGGUUGGUCAGUCAGAUUCAAGAACACGGGCCCCAAUUGGUUUGGGUCUUCAUACGGUGGUCGCUGCGCUGUCAGCACUGGAGGUGUGGGCAGUAACCUCCCCGAUAACACCUGCCUCAGCGUCUUUGAUGCGCCCAACUAUCUCAACUGGGCCUCCGCCAACUGGCGGCGUGACUUUCCAAAUGGCGCCAGUGCUGCCCCGCGCUCAGACGAAGGCGGGUGCAGGAUGCCAGAUGUGCUCGGUUACACGGAUAGCGACGGGAAUCAGCGCAUGUACAAAGUUCCCGUGGAGCGCUUCGACGAGGCAUUGGGCGCUAUCGAGGCUGAGGAUUAUAGUGCUCUCGGGGAGUUCGAGGAGGUUACUUCUACGGUCUCGGACUAAAUCUACUUCCCUCUCUAUCGUCAAUGCUACGCGUGAGGAUGUCAAUGUAGCUAGAAUACACCCUUCACCCGGCCAUUACUUCCGUC